AUGCCAGUGCAAAGAUGGGCUUUGGUAAUGUCGAAUGUAGCUUAUGAUCCUUACAUGCAAAGUCCCGAUGUUGAUGCGUCCAAAAAAUCCGCAGUACCUAAAUAUGUUUCGCAUGUUGUCGUGAGCGCUAUGAUCGUGGCUGGUGCUAUGAUCGUAAUAUUUUUGAUGUACAAGCUUCUGACCAAAGGGGCAGCAAAUCGGAUAUUUAGGAAAACCAAGGAUGAUAGUCACCUCUACAGCAGUGACCAGAUGCAAUAUAUUGAUAUGGAACUCAAUCGUAUAGAUCCUACAAUGCCUACCAGGCCACAUUUGGUAUACCAGAAAGUGUAG